GAGGAGCAGGACGAGGAGGAAGACGAGGUCCCCGAUGACGAGACGGUCAACCAGAUGAUCGCGCGGCACGAGGAGGAGUUCGACCUCUUCAUGCGCAUGGACCUGGACCGGCGGCGCGAGGAGGCGCGCAACCCCAAGCGCAAGCCCCGGCUGAUGGAGGAGGACGAGCUCCCGUCCUGGAUCAUCAAGGACGACGCCGAGGUGGAGCGGCUGACGUGCGAGGAGGAGGAGGAGAAGAUGUUCGGGCGCGGGUCGCGGCACCGCAAGGAGGUGGAUUACAGCGACUCGCUGACCGAGAAGCAGUGGCUCAAG